AUGUAUAAUUCUUGGUCUGAAAUCAUUCGAUCCAUUUCGCCCUAUAACUGGGCAAUGCUUGGCAUGGCAAUGUCCCUCUUCCUUUCCAUUAUAGGAGCAGCAUGGGGAAUAUUCAUUUGUGGCACAAGCAUUGUAGGAGCAUCAGUGAAGUCCCCACGUAUCAUUUCGAAAAAUUUGAUUUCCAUUAUAUUUUGUGAAGCGUUAGGAAUGUAUGGAGUCAUUACUGCAGUUUUUCUACAAAUAAAGUUCAGUGGACUCAGUAAGGAAGUUCACAGUCCACUGAUUUUAACGAAUAAGACAGAUCCACUGGUUAUGAAUACAAUAAGAGGAGGAUGGGCUCUAUUUGCAAGUGGUCUGACAGCAGGUCUGUCAAAUCUUGUUUCUGGCGUUUCCGUAGGUAUAACGGGUAGCUCAUGUGCUUUGGGAGACGCACACAAUUCAGAUUUGUUCGUCCGAAUGUUGAUGAUUGAAAUAUGUGCUAGUGUUAUAGGGCUAUACGGAUUAAUUGUGGCAAUCGUGUCCAUCGGGGAUAUACAACUAACUUAA